AUGGGUAUUAUUAGUGAAGAGGCUGAAAAUUAUAAGAAUAAAGGAAAUGAAGCAUUCAAUAGUGAAAACUUUGAAGAUGCAAUAGUUCUUUAUACUAAAGCCAUAAGUUUAUCUGAAAGAGACAGUCGGGAAAGAUCAACAUACUUAAAAAAUCGUGCAGCAGCCUAUCUAAAGUUGAGGGAAUUCGAAAAGGUCAUAAAUGAUUGCGAUGAAGCUUUACAAAUCGUUCCUGAGGAUCCAAAAGCCUUAUUUAGACGCGCUCAGGCGCUAGAAAAUUUGGAAAGGUUUGAAGAAGCAUAUAGAGAUGCAAAAGCCAUUUUUAAUGUAGACCCAAGUAAUAAAGCUGUGCAACCUGUUUUAACGCGUCUGCACGCUGUCGUACAAGAGCGAGCUAGAAAAAAUGCCCAAACAAGCAAUAAAGUUGACCAAAUGUUCAAAUUAGCCUUUGAUAUAAGUGAAGAGAUGGAGAAACGUCAGAAGGCUAUGGGCAAUUUAGUUGUACUUGCAAAAGAAUCAGCUGGUGGUGAUUUAAUGAUAAAGAAUGGAAUUGUCCAAAAAAUUCAACAAUUAUUGAAAGUGGAAAAGAAUCCAGACAUAUAUAUUAAUGCAAUAAGAGUUAUAAGUCAAUUGUGUAAAAGGAGCGUAGAGCGCACUCUUAUCAUAAUCAAAGUAGUGGGCAUACCAUGGUUUCUAGAAAUAAUUGACAGUGAUAUUGAAGAGAGAGUUAAUGCGGCUCAGUACUGCCUGCAAGUUAUACUCAAUACUUUCUCAGGAAUGGACACCAAAAAGGAUACCAAACCUGAUCCACAACUAUGUGAAAAAUAUAAAUCAGAGAUUGAUACACUUCUUACAUGCUUAACAUAUUCUAUUACUAACCGUGUUAUAACUGGAGUUGCUAGAGAUGCUAUUAUGGAGUUAAUAAUGCGAAACUGUCAUUACACUGCAAUUAACUGGGCUGAGAGAUUUGUUGAAAUAAGAGGUCUACAACGUUUGCUGGAAGUUUGUAGUGAACUUGAAGAAUACAAAUAUGAAUCGGCAAUGAAUAUUACUCCUUCAUCAGCUACAAUUGCAGCUGCUUGUCUCGCAAGAAUAUAUGAAAACAUGUAUUAUGAUGAAGCAAGGGAACGCUUUAAUAACCAAGUUGAUGAGUUUGUUAAAGAUAAGCUUUUGGCUCCUGAUCUCGAAUCUAAGGUUAGGGUAACUGUUGCUAUCACUUCACUCCUCCGAGGGCCUCUUGAUGUAGGAAACUAUGUUAUAUCUAAAGAGGGUAUAAUGGAGAUGAUUCUUGUUAUGGCACAAACAGAGGACGAACUACAACAGAAAGUAGCCUGUGAAUGUUUAAUUGCAGCUGCUUCCAAGAAAGAUAAAGCAAGAGCCAUUAUUAACAAAGGUGUUGACAUUUUGAAAAAGUUGUAUACUAAUAAAAAUGAUGCUGUAAGAGUGAGAGCACUUGUGGGUCUGUGCAAAAUCGGCAGUUUUGGUGGUGAUGAUGCAUCCAUUCGGCCAUUUGCUGAUGGGUCAACUAAAAAACUAGCAGAGGCAUGUAGGAAAUUUUUGGUCAAUCCAGCCAAGGAAAAGGAUAUGAGGAAAUGGGCAGCUGAAGGACUUUCAUACCUAACAUUGGAUGCUGAUGUUAAAGAAAAAUUGGUGGAAGAUAAGGCUGCCAUUCAAUCCCUUAUUGAAUUAGCGAAAACAGGUGAUCAAUCUUGUCUAUAUGGUGUAGUUACGACAUUAGUGAAUUUGUGCAAUGCUUAUGAAAAGCAGGAAGUCAUGCCAGAAAUGUUGGAACUUGCCAAAUUUGCCAAGCAUCACAUACCUGAGCAACAUGAAUUAGAUGAUGCAGAUUUUGUUAAUAAAAGGUUAACUGUAUUAUGUAAGGCUGGAGUGACUACUGGUUUGGUAGCUUUAUCCAAAACAGAAAGUCAUAACUCAAAGGAGCUGAUUGCUAGGGUCUUUAAUGCUAUCUGCAGCCUUCAAGAAUUGAGAGGAAUUGUUGUACAACAAGGUGGAGCCAAAAUCUUAAUACCUAUGGCUUUAGAAGGAACUCAAAAUGGUAAAAAACAAGCAGCACAGGCUUUAGCAAGGAUUGGUAUUACAAUAAACCCAGAGGUUGCAUUCCCUGGCCAAAGAAAUUUGGAAGUAGUUAGGCCCUUAAUUGCUCUGUUACAUCCAGACUGCAGUGCUUUAGAAAACUUUGAAGCAUUAAUGGCUCUCUGUAAUUUGGCUGGCAUGAAUGAAACAACCAGAAAUAGAAUACUUAAAGAAGGUGGACUAUCCAAAAUAGAACAAUACAUGUUUGAGGAUCAUGUAAUGCUACAAAGGGCAGCAACACAAUGUGUUUGUAAUUUAUUACAAUCAGAUGCAGUUGUUAAAACAUAUGAGGGUAACAAUGACAAAUGCAAAUUCUUGUACUUGUUGUGUCAAGAAGAAGAUGUUGAAACCGUCAUGGCAGCUGCAGGAGCUCUGUGUAUCCUUACAUCAGUGAGUAAAAUUUGCUGCAGAAAACUAUUGGAUUGCCAAGUUUGGCUGGAGACACUGAGAUGCUUACUAGCAAAUCCUGACAAGGAAAUUCAAUACAGAGGUGCUUAUAUUGUAUAUAACAUUGUGUCUGGUGAUAAAGAUAUAGCUGCUAGAAUUUUUGAAACUGAUGUGAUGGAAAUAUUGAUGGCCCUAACAAGAUUAAAUGAACCUGAACAGAAAAGAACUACUGAAUUAGCUCAGAAAUGUUUAGAUGCAGCUGAAGAUAUGGGCUUAAUAAGGAAACCUGAUGAAAAUGUAGUUAUGAAUUCACUAAGUGUUAAUGAACACCAUGAAAUUGAUGAGGAAAUUUCUAAU